CAAACCCAUAAGAACCCUAAUUCAUUCUCCUCUUUCACUUUCUUCCUCACUGGUAAGAUCCCUAAUCGCCGGCAACAGUUACUUUGAGAAGAAAUGGCCAAGUCGAAGAAUCACACAGCUCAUAAUCAGUCCUACAAAGCACACAGGAAUGGAAUCAAGAAACCCAGAAAGCAUCGUCACAGUUCCACCAAAGGGAUGGAUCCCAAGUUUUUGAGGAACCAGAGGUAUGCUAGGAAGCACAACCCGAAGACUGUUGAAUCUGCUGAAAAGUAAAUGAAUUGUUAUAGUAAUGAGCUAUUCAUUAUGACAGGCAAUCUUUGAGUUUGUUGAAGCUUUGUUUAAUGUUUUGGUAUUUGUAGUGGAUACUUGAGUUGGUAUGCAACCUUGUUUUGACUAUUAAUCUAUUACUCUUUCAAUGGAAACAGUUUACAUUAA